AUGGUCGUAGUAGAAGAGGACGACGGUGGCUCCGUUGCUGUGACUGACAUGUACUCGCAUGGUUUCGAGCGGCCUAUCCAAGAUAAGCUGCAGAACUGGAAGCUCCAGAGCAUCAGCCGUGUGUGGCUUGACCACGGCACCGACUGUCCGUCUGGGAAUGGCACCUUCAUCACUAAGGCUGUGCUGCGGCGCAUGGCCAAGACCUGCGACGCCGAAGAUGAGGAGCUGGGCCCCGCCUGGAUGCAGAACUACUUCGUGGCGGCCUAUGGCCUCGACCGCCGCAUGCGCUACCACGGCGGCCUGCGGGAGACCACCUCGCAUUACUUCUACCUGCCCGAGCCUAUCCUAGCAUCAGCUGCGCAGGGCGUCGCGGUGGACCUUCUGAGCCCGACCCUUCAGGUACCAGCGGGGCAGACGAACCUGUGCUACAUCAAAGUGCAAGUGCCCUGCAGGAUGCGGGUCCACGCAUGGCAGGUGCUGAACGUCACAAAUCUGCACCACAUGCACCUGGGGCCCUUGGAGCCCGAGCUGGACUUUGCGGAGGCGUACCAGUGCUCCAGCUACAGCCCAGGCGCUGUGUCGCUGUCCUGGGGCCUGGGCGAUUCCAAGAAGGUGCUGCCCAACAGCCUCUUUAUCGAGCUCGAAGCCGGCACCUACGUCUUGGAGGCGCACUUCGAGAACUUCCGGCAUGAGGCCUUCGAGAUCCAGACGGGCUUCCGUUUGUGGGUCAGUGAGGAGACUUGGGGACAGGCAGAGCAGGCCAUCGAGAUCUCCAGGCUGGAUGGGCGGUGGCAGGACCUCUUGCCGGCGGGACACUUCGUGGAGAAAAGCUUCGUGCUCCCCGUGCCCUGCACCAGCCAGAUCCCGCUUCACGGGGUCACAGUUGUGGGAGCCCUGGCGCACAUGCACUACGCAGGCGCCUCCUUCAGAGCAUACAGAACCCGCGGUGGCCGCACGGACCUGAUCUUCGAGCAGCGGGGCUACGACUUCAACCGCCAGGCCGUCAUCUACAAACCUUUCAAGCUCCUGCGCGGCGACGUCAUCUCUUGGACGUGUACCUUCGACCUACGGCGCUUCCAGACCUCCAAGUCCUGGGGCCUCACCUCCGAGGACGAGAUGUGCGAGCUCUUCCUGGCCGCCAACCCGCCACUGCCCUUCGCGCGGGCCGUUGUGGGCAUUCCGGCUGCCGGGCGCGAGUUCGCCGUCUGCAGCAAGGAGGCCUGUUUUGACAUGGAGAAGUGCUCCGAAGUGGCGGCCGACAGCCCAGAUUUUUACGAAGUCGCAGAAGCCCCGGCCAUGGAGGAGCGAGGCCCCUCACGAGAGCUGUGCCAGCUCCUAGUGGACGCGGAGGCGGCCCCACCACCCAACAACUGGGCUUGGCCAUCGAGCCUGGUGCUCCAGCUGGCCGCCACGGCCGUCGGCCACACAGCGCUGGCUUCCUGGUACCGGCGGAUGCACCGGGUGGACUCUGAGGCCGAAGUCCUCAAGAGGUCCCUGAACCUUCUCGCUGCCUUGGUCGGGACUGGUCUGGGUGUGGUCAUUGCGUCGCACCCCGAGUGGUUCCUGUCCGAGCAUGUGCGGGUCUACAGCGUGGAUGAGGCCAUAGGGAGCUCCUUUUGGCCCCUCAGCUACUCGGCUGACAUUGUGGGGGUCGUGUACCUCUAUGAGUUGGUGGUCAGGGGCGCAACGAACAACCUGCGGUGGCACCUGGCAGUGCACCAUGGGGCCACCGUGACGAUCAUUGGCUUGCUGAGGAACGCAUUCGCCUUCGACCACGCGCCACAGUUCUAUGCCGGAAUCUCGGCCAGCUUGCUGCUCCAUGUCGUCGCGGAUGUUCCGGUGCUGCUGAUUUUUGCUCUGCGCAGCGGUGCCUCCGAAGCGGGACGGAAGUGCCUGAACAGGACCCUGUUUCAUGCCGCUCUGCUGAAGCUCGGCAUGCACAUGAGCAUCAACGCCUUGUCCCUGUGGCUCUUUUACGUGGACCAGGGUGGGGCCUUCCACCUUGCGCGGGUUUCUUUUGCCGCCUGGUUCAAGCAGACCUACAAUGAAGCUCGCCCACUUGCGAUCGAUGGAGCCUUGCGGUUCGAUUGGACCAUGUUGCUGCAGAGCUGCUUGCCGAUACUCAUCGGAGUGCUUUUCGUGACGCAGAUCUGGACCACGGUGGUGCUGUGGCGCAUCGCGUCCGCCUUCCGCGAGAAGUGA